AUGGAGGAAUUGGAGUUUCCAGGCAUCAACUCUACCAAACUUUUCGUAACCCUAUUGGCCUUGAGCCUAGGCGCUGUGGUCUUCGCCCAAUCAAAUGGUAUUGAUGCAGCCGGAGACGAACCCUCUCAGGAAUAUUUACCCCCCACCGAGGAGGCAAAUGCUGCCAAAUUGGCUGAUGACGGUUAUCGCUAUAAGACUAUCAGAAAAUUGAAAUAUCGUGCCCGCCAUCGUCGUGAGGUCAACCAAGAGUAUUUGCCUCCAGUCAACAAUGAACCCACUCAAGAGUAUCUACCCCCUGGCGAGGAGAAGGCCGAAGAUGGUUAUCGCUACAAGACUGUGCGCACCUUGAAAUUCCGUUCCCGCCACAGACGUGAUGUUUCGGAAAUUGAACAACCUUCCAAGGACUACUUGCCCCCAGUCGAUGUGGAAUUGGCCCCUGAUCUAAAAACUGUUUUGGGUGAUGAUGGCUACCGUUAUAAAACUGUGCGUCGUUUGAAAUUCCGUCGUCAUAGACGUGAAGCUGAUAUGGCUGCUGCUGCCGAUAAAGACGCCGCUGCCGCCUACUUGCCUCCGGCCGAAGAGAUGCCUGCCGAUGAAGCCAAUGCUGAUAUGCCUGAGGCCAAGAGUGCUGAAUUGGCCCAGGAUGGUUAUCGUUAUAAGACUGUGCGUCGCAUCAGAUAUCGUUAUCGUCAAUAG